AUGGAUGUGUCGCCACGUCAUACAAGUCCGCUCUACGAAGCUGGGGAGAAGAGCGAUAGUUCUAUAGAACAAGAUGUCGAACGGGGCGGACUAAGCAGGCUCGACUCAGUCCUAUCGACUGCAAGCCAGCAAUAUGGAACGGCAAUAAGUCGACUGAGGAGUCGAAAUUCUGGUCAAACAGCGCCAUUCACUCAUCCGUUGAGCCAUGUCAAGACCACGCCAGAUGUCAUUGUCGAUUUUAAUGGACCGGAUGAUCCCUACAGGCCUAUGAAUUGGUCGUUUCAAAAGAAGUGCAUAACCACAUUGCUAUAUGGCCUGACUACAAUGGGUUCUACGUGGGCUAGCGCAAUUUACGCACCGGGAAUCAAGCAAAUCAACGAAGAAUUCGGUGUAAGCGAGGAUGUGGGCACACUUGGGAUAAGUCUGCUACUAUUUGGUUUUGGUCUGGGUCCAUUGGUAUGGGCACCUCUAUCUGAGAUGUAUGGAAGGAAGCCUGCCGUCAUAUUCCCAUAUUUCAUUGCUGUGGUAUUUUCAUUCGCCACAGCUACUGCCAAAGAUAUCCAAACCGUUUUACUUUCACGAUUCUUCUGUGGAUUUUUUGGUGCUGCUCCUGUUACCAACACUGGUGGUGUGCUAGGUGAUAUAUGGUCAGCCGAAGACCGUGGAGCAGCCAUUGUUGGCUAUGCACUGUCUGUAGUGGGCGGUCCAACUAUAGGGCCGAUUGCUGGAGGCGCAAUUGUUCAGAGUUAUCUCGGAUGGAGGUGGACUGAAUAUCUCACCGGAAUAAUGAUGCUGUUCUUCCUCGUACUCGACGUUAUCUUUCUCGACGAGUCAUAUGCUCCAGUUUUGCUCGUAAAAAAAGCACGUCGUCUUCGUUAUUCGACAGGAAACUGGGCUUUGCAUGCACGCCAUGAAGAAUGGGACGUUGGAUUUGGAGAAAUGGCGAACAAAUACUUCGUCGUCCCAUUCCAGCUUCUUGCUACUCCAAUAUGUUUCUCCGUCGCCCUCUAUGCUUCAUUCGUCUACGGAAUCCUUUAUCUUAAUCUUGCCUCUUUCCCACUUCAAUUCCAGGAAGUGAGAGGCUGGAAUCAAGUCGUUGGCCAGCUUCCAUUCCUGGCUCUCCUCGUUGGAGUUCUACUAGGAGCGGUUGCAAACGUCAUGAACCAGAAGUUUUAUAUUAAAAAAUACAGAGCGAACAAUUGUCGACCUGUACCCGAGGCUCGUCUUCCUCCGAUGAUGGUUGGAUCAGUCAUGUUUGCCGGUGGCCUCUUCAUCCUGGGCUGGACGUCAGAUCCGCGUAUCCCCUGGAUAGCAACAGCGAUAGGAGCGUCUACUUUGGGCUUCGGCUUUUUUACCGUCUUCCAGGCUGCGCUGAACUACCUUAUCGAUACAUUCCCAACUGUGUCUGCCAGCGCCGUGGCGGCAAACACAUUUCUUCGAAGCAUGUUUGCUGGUGCAUUUCCCCUUUUCGUGAGGGCGAUGUAUGGCAAACUUGGAAUUCCUUGGGCGUCCAGUCUACUGGGAUUUGUAGCUGUUGCUCUACUCCCUAUUCCAUAUCUCUUUUACAUUUUUGGGCCGAAGAUCAGAGCAAAAGGCCGAUGGUCUCGUCCAUCACUCUGA